AUGUUUGAAAGGCCUUCGAGAAUAUUUGAUCCUCUCCCCAUGCCGCACAUACAAUUAUUGCAACACUUGGUUAAAGCAUCUUUGGUAAAGCUAAAAUCUCUAGCUCUUCCAAUUGGGGCACUCCCACCAAGGUACGAUGCCAAUGCCAGGUGCGAGUAUCAUGCAAAUUCUCUAGGGAAUACUAUAGAAAAAUGUUGGGCCUUCAGACAUAAGGUUCAAGACUUGUUGAAUUCUCAGGAUAUCACUUUUGACAAACCGAACAUCAAGACGAACCCCAUGCCUCCGCAUGGUGGACCAGUAGUAAAUGAAAUUGAAGUGGUUACUGACUUUGGGCCAGUCAGACAAGUAAAAGCCCUGAUAAACCUUUUUAAAGAAUAUUUGUUAGAAUGUUGGUUUCUCUUGGAACAUAAUGAAUCUUUUGAUAAGACAUUAUAG